AUGGGUUCUGUGAAGGCAAACUCUGGACAGGCUCCAUUCGGCACGCACCGUCGCCAUGGUGAUGUCGGAUAUCGAGUGGGCAAGGCCCAAGUCAGGCGAUGGGAUUAUUUGAUGGGACGGACCGCAGCCUUCCAAAACCUUCAGCACCCUGGUACCUUCAUCCCCAACUUUAUUCUCCUACCCAUCGAAGCCGAGUCGUGGACAGUGGGCGUUUUCUUAGGAUCGUCUCAACUAACCUACAAGGAUGGGUGA